AUGGAUCAGGUGUGUCUCCCUGAUCCGACCUACUACUCACAAGCAGUUAAACAUUCGGAAUGGCGAGAUGCAAUGGAUCAAGAGUUCAAUGCUCUUCUCCAGAAUCAGACAUGGAGUUUUGUUCCUACGGCCUCAAACAUUAACAUCAUUGGUUCUUCCAAGACUGAUGUCUCUCUUUUCCAUUACUCAGUGGAUUCUGAUUUUAUGUUUAUACUGAUUUAUGUGGAUGAUAUUCUUGUUAUGGGUAGCAGCCAGGGAUUGGUGUCUUCACUGUUGAGUAAGCUGUCCAAUGCUUUUAAGAUUAAAGAUCUUGGGGAGCUUGGGUUCUUUUUGGGUAUUGAGACAGUGAAAUACAGUGGUAGUUUGUUAUUUUCUCAGCAUCGUUACAUGGCUGACAUCUUAAAACGUGCUGGAAUGUCUGAUUGUAAACCUCUUUCUACACCUAUUUCUUUGUUCAGAUCUGCUUCUGUUCAGGCAGAUCCCUAUGAUGAUCCUACCAGGUACAUGAGCAUAGCUGGGGCCUUGCAAUAUCUCACUGUCACCAGGCCAGAUCUUUUUUUUGCGGUCAACCAUCUUUGUCAGCAUAUGCAUGUUCCUACUGACCAGCAUUGGGAGCAACUAAAAUGUGUAUUGAGGUACGUUAAGGGCACUCUCUCCUAUGGGCUUCGUAUUCGGCCAUCUGCGUCUAGGGAGUUGCAUGCGUUCUCUAAUUCUGACUGGGCUGGCUGUCCUGAAGAUCACAAGUCAACCAGUGGGUUUGCUGUGUUUCUUGGAUCCAAUCUUAUUUCGUGGGUAUGCAAAAAGCAGCGAACAGUUGCCAGAUCCUCUAUAGAAGUUGAGUACAAAGCUCUUGCGGAUGUGUGUGCUGAAGUCACUUGGGUUCUAUCUCUUUUGCGUGAGUUUCGUAUCACUGAUGUCUCUGUUCCUAAGCUAUGGUGUGAUAACCUUGGGGCCACCUACAUGUGUGCUAAUCCAAUUUUUCAUGCUCGUACAAAGCAUGUGGAAAUUGAUUAUCACUUUGUUAGAGACAAGGUUGAUUCUGGGGAAAUUCAGGUUAAUUUUAUUUCUACUAAAGAUCAACUUGCUGAUAUUUUUACGAAGGCUCUUCCUGGUCUUAAAUUUGUCUUUCUUAGAGAUAAGUUAUAG